AUGGCGCUGCGCGGGCCCCCCGCGGCGCUCCUGCCGCUUUGUCUGCUCUGCCUGCCCGCCGCGCUGCCGCUGCGCUACCGCGGCCGCUACGCCGGUGAUAAAGUCAUCCGGAUUGUUCCUGACAGUGAGAGGGAAACACAGAUCCUGAAGUCUGUAUUUAACAGAAUUAAGGUGGACCUGUGGCAGCCCAGCAGCACCUCAUACAUUGCUGAAGGUACAGUCACCGACCUGCGAGUACCACACAACGCGUCCCAGCUUCUGCUGCCCUCCCUCCAGCAGGCCAGCAUCCCCUACACGAUUCUCAUAUCAGAUUUACAGAAAGCAAUAGAAAAACAAUCUGGAUGGAGGCCACAAAGAAAUCGAAGGUCCCUCCUUGAGUACARCUAUGAAAUAUAUCACUCGCUGGAUGAAAUCCAGAAUUGGAUGUAUCAUCUGAAUGAAACUCAUUCAGAUCUUAUUCAUAUGUUCUCAGUUGGAAAAUCCUAUGAAGGCAGACCACUGUUUGUACUCAAGUUAGGUAAAAGAUCACAGCCUUACAAGAAAGCUGUCUGGAUAGACUGUGGGAUUCAUGCAAGAGAAUGGAUUGGACCUGCCUUUUGCCAGUGGUUCGUGAAAGAAGCUCUUCAGACAUACCAGACUGAUCCUGCCAUGAGAAAGAUGCUAACCCAGCUGUAUUUCUAUAUCAUGCCUGUGUUUAAUGUGGAUGGAUAUCAUUUUAGCUGGACAUAUGAUCGAUUUUGGAGAAAAACAAGGUCAAAGAAUUCAAGGUUUCGGUGCCAUGGUGUUGACGCUAAUCGCAACUGGAAAGUGAAAUGGUGCGAUGAAGGUGCUUCACUUCACCCAUGCGAUGACACCUACUGUGGUCCCUUCCCUGAGUCCGAGCCCGAAGUUAAGGCUGUUGCUCAUUUUCUUCGCAAACACCGCAAACAAAUAAAAGCCUAUCUGUCCUUCCAUGCCUAUGCUCAGAUGCUGCUAUACCCCUACUCUUACAAGUAUGCAACAAUUCCAAACUUCAGCUGCGUGGAAUCUGCAGCCUAUAAUGCUGUUAAUGCUCUCCACUCAGCUUAUGGGAUAAGAUACAGAUACGGUCCUGCGUCUAGCACUCUGUAUGUGAGCUCUGGCAGCUCUAUGGACUGGGCCUACAAAAAUGGCAUUCCCUAUGCCUUUGCAUUUGAGCUGCGCGACACUGGACACUUUGGGUUUUUACUUCCCGAAACACUCAUCAAACCAACGUGCACAGAGACCAUGCUUGCAGUUAAAAAUAUAACUCUGCAUCUGYUGAAGAAAUGUCACUGA